AUGCCAGGACUCCUGGAAGUCCUAGAGCGCCAGCUCGCGGUCUUCCGAGCCGGGGCAGAACGGCUAGCUCGCUGGAACCGCGGGACGGGCGGCCAUCCCCAAGCCCUCUCGGCGCUGCAGAAGCACCUCCCAGAGCCCGAGAAAAGCCGUGUGGGGGCACUAGUGGGUCUCUCCAUCGCCGCAGUGGUCUUGCUGGCCUUCAUCAUCACAGUCUGCGUUCUUUGCUACCUUUUCAUCUCCACAAAGCCCCACAGCAGGCUGGACAAUGGGCUGCCACUGCACACUCCAGGUGCAGACCUCAACACACUGGAAGGUUCCAGCCACAACGGGCCCACCAGUGGACCAAAAGGAUUCCGGAAGCACUUUCUGAGUCGCCGAUUGGACUGUGACAAUCAGCCGCAGGACCCUGAUCGACUCUUUCAGCGAUGCUUCAUGGCCACUGUGACCACCAUCAAUGUAGAGGGACCAUCCUAAAAGGACAGGGCCAGGCCGGGGUCUCACUUUCUGUGAUGGAGGAGGGGUUUCUUUCCCUUGCUGAAAAUGUGCCUGUUCAUUUAUCCUGAGUGUGGAGCUCUGACCUCCUAUUCGAGGGCUGUGGCCUGAAGGUCUUUAGGGGGCACGUUGGACUUGUAAACCGAGAUUAUGGCUUCUUUGUAGUCAGCUGAAGCUCCUCUGGGGGAAUUGGGCCACAGAAGAUCAAGAGAGUUUGUGUGAAAUGCAUUAAAAACCAAAUAUGAGAAAAUGAAAUAGUGACAUGUAAAUUAGGGUGGGUGCCUUGGGGUUAAGAACAAAUAGACGAUACGUCAGAAGCGAGAGUCAGGUGACUCAGUCCAUCGACAUCUCCUGUUUAAUUCAUAUUUCCUUUUUUACAAGUAAAGACAGUUCUGUUCCUCAUGCUGCCAAACAAAGUGUCUUUUUGGAAGCUGCUGGACCUGCUGAUGCCAACUCUCACCAGGGCGACUCUAUGCUGUGUCGUGUGUUUGAGCCAACAAAUGGCGUGUGGACCAACAGAAAUCAUUAGUCCAAAUGCCACUUAGAGUGGGUCAUCACGGUCACUAACUUUAUUCCGAGGUUCAAUGUUCAAUUUCAAUUAUUGAUUAUGAGACACUGUUUCGUCACAGGCGGGUCCUAAGGUGACCCUAUUUUUCCGGUUUCUCUCUAAAUCAGGUGUCCAUAAUUCUGCUGUACUUACCAUGUAUAGGUGUUCUUACCUUACUGUGUAGUAGUACAGUGUAACACUAUAAUUAAGUACUCAACUGUAAUUGUUAUUCCAUAAUUUUAUAAGUAUGUAUGCAUAUAAAUUGUAGAAUAACAAUUACAAUUGAGUGCUUAACCACAGCAUGGCAUUGUGUUACACAGUAAAUACAAGAUAAUAACACCUGGCUGCUCUAUACAGGUAAUUACAUGGUAAGUACAGCGUAAUUAUGGACGCCUAAUGUAAGGUGAUACCAUUUAUCCUUUAGAUUCUUUAUUAUGUAGACCAUAGCAGAAUACCCCAAAUUUAAUACUCUCACCGCCCCGUCAAGACUGACUGCUAUUGCAAUUCAAUAAUCCCCUCAUUCUAUUAAUAGUGAUGACCUUAGGCAGUCUGACAAAAUACCGGAACAAAAAUUACACUUAUGGUCAAAGGUUUUAGACAAUACGGUGAGAAAUAUGUUUACAACCAUCCAUCCAUUAUCCAACCCGCUAUAUCCUAACUACAGGGUCAUGGGGGUCUGCUGGAGCCAAUCCUA